CUCUACUAUUAUACAGAAUUAAAAUCUGCCGGUUUCCAAAGUUUGGAGAGGAAAACCAAAAAGAUAGAUGGAGUUUGAAAUAGUGAGUAAAGAAAGCAUCAAGCCGUCGUCUCCAACCCCACCGGAGCUCCGGCAUCUGUCUCCCAGCCUUUUUGAUGCGCCAAUCCCUUGCCACUAUGUGGAAUGUGUCUUCUUCUACCACAAUAACGAAAGCUCCGCCGGUGGACGGCGGCGCAGCCACUCGGAGGAGCUGAAGGAGAGCCUCUCCGAGGUGUUGACACACUACUACCCUUUUGCUGGACGCCUCAUCGACGGCGCCUCCGUCGAAUGCAACGACGCCGGUGCCACCUUCACGGAGGCAAAUCUCCGGUGUCCGAUGUCGGAUGUCACAAAAAAUGAUGAGAUUUGGAAACUUCUUUGCCCGGGAGAUGGGACAGAAAUCAACCCCAUUUUGUCUGUUCAGUUGACAAGAUUUCAAUGUGGAGGAGAGGCCAUCUGUGUAUUUUUAUCUCACAAAAUAUCCGAUUUGGUCACUUUUGCAACCUUCAUGAAUGACUGGGCUUCCAUUGCCCGCAACCAUCGCGGGCACCAUGAGCUGCUCCCGGUGUCUCCUCAGUUCAACGCAUCAAGUUUUUUCCCGCCUGGACGCGAGUCCUGUCCAUUAGUACGAGAGCAACGACGUGACCACAUUGUGGUGAAGAGGUUCGCGUUUGAGAGUCCAAAGAUCGCAGCUCUUAAAGCCAUGGUGUCGGAAAAAGUUGAGAAUCCAACGCGCACCCAGCUCCUCAGUGCACUCAUCUACAAGGCUGCCGUUAUUUCCACCGGUGGUUUGGGAAAGCAGCCACUGCCGCCAUCAAGCCUCCUGCAGAUGGUUAACAUACGGAAGAGGGUGGUGCCGCCGCUGCCGGAGGCUUUAAAAGGGAACAUAAUCACCUUCUUCGUGGUGCCAUUACAGGAAGAGGUAGAGCUAUGGGAGGUGGUGAGAGACAUGAAGAGGAACUUCGAAGAAUUCUGCGACAAGUACCCCAAAAAUUACGAGGCUGUUGAGUGGUGUUCGCUCCACAAACUAUAUAUGGAGGAAUCAUUUGGGAGAAUGGCUCAAAAUUUUUAUUUGUGUAGCAGUUGGUGCAACGUUGGACUUUACGAGGUGGAUUUUGGGUGGGGGAAGCCAGCGUGGAUCACAAUGCCUGAUAUCAUAAGGAGGAAUUCAAUUGGGUUGAUGGAUGCCAAAGAUGGGGAGGGAAUGGAGGCUGUGGUGUGCUUGGACAAAGAGGUAAUGGCAGUGUUUGAGAAGAAUCAGGAGCUUCUCUCCUUUGGUUGUCUCAAAAGCUAGCUCUUCGAAUUGAAGAUCAAAGAUCGGUUUACUAAGGUCCUGUUUGAUAAAUUGUUAGGCUCUUUACAAAGUUGUGAGGACCUAUGUAGAGGUUGAAUAAAGUCAUAGUUUACUAAGCUCUUAAUUGAUUAUUGUUAUGGUCUUUGGAGAGUGAGGAGUGAGGGCGUGUGAGGGAAUAAUUAAGGUCGAAGAACGUUGUUCUAAGAUCAUCUUACUUUGAUAAUUGUUAUGGUUUUAAUAAGGUCGAAGAGAACAUCGUAGUAA